AAUCAAGGAAACUUUUAGGUUAGAACUUAUAACUUGGAACUUGGAAGUUAGUAUGGAGGAGAUAAACAGAUUCGAUUUUUCCGAUUGUAAUUAGAUUAGUUAUUUCCUUUAGUGAUUUUAAGAUUUGACAAACAUGAUUUCUAUUCAAUUGAAUAAGUUGUUGGUGACAACUGGUUGUUGUUGGUGCGUUCUUCAAAAUUAAAAUUAUGUUUCAAUUUUUUUCAAUUUUAUUUUCGCUACUUAAUCGUUCCAAACGAACUGUAUUAUUUGUGCUAAGAAUUCAAUUAUCACUCUUUAAAAUGUUUAUUCCAGGAUUUAUAAAACGUCGUGUUGAACGUUAUAAACAUAAAACGGCAGAAGGAGCUCAAUUGAUUUGGGAUAAUUUUUUUAAAGGUGGAUUGUUUGCUCUGUUUGGAGCUUUUAUUUUAUGGUUGUCAAUAUUUUUAUAUAUUUCGUUCUACUAUUAUUACAUGCCUUCAGUUUCACACACUCGACAAGUCAACUUAAAAUUUAAGUCGAAUGUUGAUACAACACGAACGAGUUGGCCCACCGCACAUGUACAAUUAACAAAACUCCAAAAUAUUCUGAUGGUCGGUCAAAGCUACAGGAUAUUCCUCAAACUAGAAAUGCCUGAAUCUCCAGCUAAUGUUAAACUGGGAAUGUUUAUGGUAUGUGCGGAUCUGGCUGACAAGGAUGGUGUAAUGGUUUCCAAUUCAUGUCGCUCGACAAUGCUCCAUUACCGAAGCCAGUUACUAUCCAUUCUGACAACAUUGACUCUUUCUCCUUUCAUGGUGCUCGGUAGUUCUGAGGAAAAACAAACAAUUAUGUUGGAAUUGUACUCCCACUUUGAAGAAGACAAGAAUCACCCUGUCACCGAUGUCUACUUGGAAAUACAAGCUCUUGAAAUCGAGUUCUACUCAGCCACAUUGCACAUCCAGGCCCAUUUAACUGGUUUGCGCUAUCUCAUGUUUCACUGGCCUCUACUUUCGGCUGCGUUAGGCGUGUCAUCGAACCUCUUUUUCAUAACAUUUAUUGCUGCUGUCUCUUGGUGGCACAUCUAUGCACCUCGUGACCAGUAUGGAAAUCAAAUGUUCUUCGCUGGAUUUGGAACUCAAUUAUUCAUGGGAGAUUUGGAUUAUCAACCUGAAGAUGAGUACGAUUAUGAUGAAUUGAGAACUGAUGAGAGUGGAUCCAGUAGAAGUAAAUCACAAGCACAAGAAAAAACUCCAAAAUUUGAAGAAAGGAAGACUAGUCGGUCUAUGAUAAUGGAACUCAGAAGAGCAACGGACGAAUAAGAUGCAAUUUGCAUUCAAAUAUUUGAAAUAUUCAUUCGGAAGCAACUUAAAUCAUGUCAUUAUUUUAACCUAAAUAACCGUCCAAUCCAGGCGCUGAUCAAAUUUUAUUAUAUUGUACAGUUUUGGUAGUUGCAACAUGUUAUAAACUUAAUUUUGUCCUGUUCUAUCAGGAUUUGUUGUCUUUGAUGAUCGUAAAGUGUUCAUAAAAUUAAGUCAUAAGACUGAUAUAAAUAAAUUUUAUAUAUUUCCUCAAUGAAAUGUUUAUAAUAUUGGGUAAAGUUUUUAAAUCACUUUGAAUUCAUAUUAUGUAAACGAAAUAAAUUGUCAAACAAGGCAAAUUCAUUGAAAUAUUGAGCCAGAAUACCACGAGGCAAUGUGCAACCAUUCAACUGCAACCAGUCUGAAACCAGUCGCAAACCAGUCUGCAUUCAGUUGAGAAAUUAAUUAUUACUCUCUGAAUGAAAAGAAAGCCUUACAUAGCCUUACAUAGCGUUAGUUUAUGUCAAUUUGAUCUUAUUACUACAUUCCUUUUAUAAUAAUAGUGUGUUAUAAGAAUUUGUUCAUAAAAUUAUUAUUGGUCUCAAGGAUAAGAUUCAAUUCAGUGUGUCUUGCUGUAUUGUUAAUAUUAGACUAUCAUUCAAAAGUUGUCAUCUUUCAUAGAACUUCAUAACUAUGUACUUUUUCCCUAGCUGUGAUUGUAUGUGCCCUUUCAAAUUCAUCAACUGUAAAUAUUUGUGUCAAAAAUGGUAUCAAUAAUUGACUAUAGUUGAUAAUUUAAAAUAAUUUGAGAACUGAUCCGAUUAUGUAGCAUAAGCUUGAACUAGUCAUGAAGUAAACACACAGUUUUACCUCUAUUUUUAUAAUGUCAUAUACUCAGUUUCUAUUCAUUACCAAAAAAUUAUU